GCUCUUUAGUCUACGGUUCAACAUGGCUCUCAAAGCACUUGUCGGGCAAAAGAUUAUGAAUGAGGUGAUCCGGUAUCGGUCAAAAGGAAAAGAUAAAAUAGAAUGGCGAGUCCUAGUGGUCGACCAGUUGUCCAUGCGCAUGGUGUCAGCAUGCUGCAAAAUGCACGACAUCUCUGCCGAAGGCAUCACACUGGUGGAAGACAUCCACAAGAAGAGGGAACCAUUAUGCACCAUGGAUGGCAUCUACCUCAUCACUCCAUCUGAGAAGUCAGUCCAUGCUCUCAUCAAUGACUUCUCAGUGGGAAAUCGCAUCAUGUACAGGGCUGCCCAUGUCUUCUUUACUGAAGCUUGUCCCGAUGCACGAUUUGACGAAUUAUCUCGUAGUCCUGUAGCUAAAUAUAUCAAAACAUUAAAGGAAAUCAACAUUGCUUUUAUACCUUAUGAACAACAGGUUUGUGUUCUCCCUGGAUUCCCCUGAGACAUUCCAGUGCAUGUACAACCCAGCACUGGCUCAGACUCGCAAUGCCAACAUGGAGCGCAUUGCCGAGCAGAUCGCCACCCUCUGCGCUACUCUCGGAGAGUACCCCUCAGUUCGUUACCGCAGUGACUGGGAACGCAAUGUCGAACUCGCUCAGCUGAUCCAACAGAAGCUUGAUGCAUACAAGGCCGACGAGCCGACGAUGGGCGAGGGACCAGAGAAGGCUCGCUCUCAGUUGCUGGUCAUUGACCGCGGUUUUGACUGCGUGUCGCCUUUACUGCAUGAGCUGACUCUUCAGGCCAUGGCAUACGAUCUCUUGCCGAUUGAGAAUGAUGUCUACAAAUAUGACUCGUCUGGAAACAUGAAGGAAGUACUACUGGAUGAGAACGAUGAGCUGUGGGUAGAACUGCGACACCAGCAUAUUGCUGUUGUAUCCACAUCUGUCACCAAGAACUUAAAGAAGUUCACUGAAUCUAAACGCAUGGGUGGAGGAGACAAGCAGUCAAUGCGCGAUCUCUCCCAGAUGAUCAAGAAAAUGCCUCAGUACCAAAAGGAGCUGUCCAAGUACGCUACACAUCUUCGCCUCGCUGAAGACUGCAUGAAGGCCUACCAAGGCUACGUCGACAAACUUUGCAAAGUCGAACAGGAUCUUGCAAUGGGCACUGAUGCUGAGGGCGAGAAGAUCAAAGAUCACAUGAGGAGCAUUGUACCUGUGCUUCUUGAUCAGGCAGUGAUCAACUUCAACAAGAUGCGUAUCAUCGCACUAUACAUCAUGUCCAAAAAUGGCAUCUCUGAAGAGAACUUGAAUAAGCUGGUGACGCAUGCGCAACUGGAACCCUCUGAUAAGCAAACCCUACUUAACCUUGCCAAUUUGGGACUCAAUGUCGUGGUUGAUGGCAACAGGAAGAAGCAGUAUCAAGUACCAAGGAAGGAGAGGAUCACUGAGCAAACUUACCAAAUGUCAAGAUGGACACCUGUGAUCAAGGAUAUCAUGGAAGACGCCAUUGAGGAUAAGCUGGAUCAACGUCACUUCCCAUUCUUGCAGGACGCGCCCAAACUUCAGGAUACCAGGCACCAACUAGGCGUCUGCUUCUCUGAAAUUCGCUGCGCGUACGAGGUAACAGCUGCGCUUAAGAACUGGGAAGUGAUCAUCGGCUCGUCCCACAUACUGACUCCUGACAACUUCCUGUCAGAUCUCAGCUCUCUAACCGCCUAAAUCGAGAAUGCUUGAGAAGCCGACUAUUACAUUGCAGAAAUUCAUCAAGUGAAUGCCUAACUUGUUUUGAGUUGUCGAAGCUAGCGAUUUGUCUAGGCCCAUUACAUUGAAACACAUCAAUUUAUGUAUGUAUUACAUAAAAUUUGCAGUGUUGCAAUACUUCGACCCUUUUUAUUGUGAUAUCAGCAUAUAGUGAUUAUGCUCCUGUUUAUGGCAAAACUUAAUUUAUUUUAAGGGCCAAUUUUACUUUAUUACCGCUUCUACUUACAAGCACUACCGUCUGACACAGUCAGUGGUUGUUUCUGAAUUCAAAUCGUGUGUACUAUAAAUAACUUAGUAUAUUUUAAAAUUUAAGAUCAGAGUGCAAAAGUGCUUUAUUAAUAAUUAUGUUUUAUCUUUCAUAUUACGUUUUGUUGUAUAGCAGAAUGAUCAAAAUAUUUAUAUUGUUGACAUUUAUUUAAAAGUAAUUAUAUCAAUAUUGGAAUUAUUAGUUUGUAAGCGUUUUCAAUUGUAUUAUUUUGUUGAUAGGAAUGUUAAACAUUACUUGGCAUGGUUUUGCGUAAUAUUAAUAUCGACUGAUUCAGACAACAUGCUAUUGUUAAACUAUGGUACAUUAAAAUUUCUAUCGAGAUAAUAUUUUGAAAGUAUAGACUUAGUUUUAAAGAUAAAUUGUCUACUAAAUUAUAGUGAGUACAAUGUCUUUUAUCAUGUGUGUGUUUACUAGUUGUAAAAUUCGCUUCCAAAUACCGUUGUGCAGUUUAUUUAAUGCCAAAUGCUAGAAUCUUACAAGUAUUACUGUAGAGAUAAUUUGUGAGGAGAACUCUGUUAUUCAAAAAGCGCACCUUUCAUUACUCUGUUCAGCGCACUACGGUCGAUGGCACUCGGUCGGGUCGACUUGAUGUAGUUCACGACACUAGACUUAUUCAACUAUUGUACUAUGAUAUUAUGCUGCGUGUUUGCUAUUCAUUAUAAGAACCGUUACGUUGACAUUCCAAACUUCCUCUAAUAUAGUCGUCAUAUAGUCUAAUAUAGACAAUCUUUUACUCUUGAAAUUAUUUAGUAUUUACCUCUUACAUCGUCUGUACUAAGUUAGGUACGUUUAACGUAUUGGUGAUUUACAAUUUUAAACUAAGAUAUCGUGUAGAAUGUUCUAGAUAGGUAUUACGAUCACAACGUCAUUCAAUAUAAUGAAAUAUAGUUCACUGUUGAAAUAAUAUCAAACGUGUAUGUUGGUCUCAUCUUAAUCUGGCUAUUAUAAAAUAUGUAAUCUAUAAAUUUUCAUAAAUUGUGUGUUAAUGAAGGAUUGUGCAAUUAUGUAGGAAGUAUUCGUGUUACUAGCCAGUCAAAUCAUAAAUAUCAGUAUUUAAUUGUUAACAAUUUCAUUAAAUUAUUUAAUCAUUAUUGAAUAAUA